CCACCAAAACAAAUGAAUGUGGCGCAAUAAAAUAUCAAACACCUUCACCAAUGGCCAAUACGACUAUCUCUUAUACGGUCGUCUGUUCAAGUAUUUUACAGACAACCGUCUUCCUCUCCAAGCCAAACAACUUCACGCACGCCUCCUACUCUCUUCAUCAACGCUUGACAACUACCUCGGUGCGAGACUCAUCAAUUUAUACUCGAAAACCAAACACAUCCACCACGCACGCCAUGUGUUCGAUCAGAUUCCCCAUAAAAACACCUUCUCUUAUAACGCCUUGUUAAUUGCUUACACUAUGAACAACCACCAUAAAGAGACAAUAAACUUGUUUUCUUCAUUGUUAUUGUCUUCUUCUGGGGAUUUACAACCCAAUAAUUAUUCGAUAACGUGCCUUUUGAAGUCGUUAUCGAGCUUGUUGAUGGUUACCGAUGUUUGUUUGGGUAAGGAGAUUCAUUGUUUUGUUUUGAGACGUGGGCUUGUUGAGGAUGUUUUCGUAGAGAAUGCUUUGAUUAGUUUUUACUCGAAAUGUUUAGGUGUGGGUUUUGCGAGGAAAGUGUUUGAUAAAAUGCGUGAGAGAGAUGUUGUCACGUGGAAUUCGAUGAUUGCUGGGUAUGCACAAGCUGGAUUUUUUAAGGAAUGCAAAGAGUUAUAUAGAGAAAUGGUAGCGCUCCCCGGGUUUAAGCCUAAUGCAGUUACGGUGCUUAGUGUCUUACAAGCGUGCAUGCAGUCGCAGGAUCUUGUUUUUGGGAUGGAAGUUCAUAGGUAUAUAGUUGAUAAUAACGUUGAAUUGGAUGUUUUGGUCUGUAAUGCAUUGAUUGGAUUGUAUGCGAAGUGUGGGAGUUUGGAUUAUGCAAGGGAGUUGUUCGAUGAGAUGAGUGAGAAAGAUGAGGUGACUUACGGCGCGAUUAUAUCAGGUUAUAUGGCUCAUGGUGUUGUUGAUAAAGGGAUGGAGCUUUUUAGGGAAAUGAAAAGUCGAGUAUUGAGCACGUGGAAUGCAGUGAUUUCCGGUUUGGUGCAAAAUAACCGGCACGAAGGGGUUGUAGAUCUGGUAAGAGAAAUGCAGGGGCUUGGUUUUAGGCCUAAUGCUGUAACACUUUCAAGCGUCCUUCCUACUCUAUCGUAUUUUUCGAAUUUGAAAGGAGGGAAAGAGAUACAUGGCUAUGCAGUUAAAAAUGGUUAUGACAGGAAUAUAUACGUUGCGACUGCAAUUAUUGAUACUUAUGCAAAGCUGGGAUUUCUUUUUGGGGCUCAGUAUGUUUUUGAUCAAUCAAAAGAGAGGAGCUUGAUUAUUUGGACUGCAAUAAUCUCUGCACAUGCUGCCCAUGGUGAUGCUAAUUCAGCUCUUACUUUUUUUGAUGAGAUGUUGAGUAAUGGAAUACAGCCAGACCAUGUAACAUUCACUGCAGUGUUAGCUGCAUGUGCUCAUUGUGGAAUGGUGGAUAAAGCUUGGGAGAUUUUCAAUUCCAUGUCUAAGAAAUAUGGCAUUCAGCCUUUAGGAGAGCAUUAUGCUUGCAUGGUUGGUGUUCUGGGCAGGGCGGGCAGGCUCUCUCAAGCGACAGAAUUUAUUUCUACUAUGCCAAUUGAACCAAAUGCAAAAGUUUGGGGUGCAUUGCUCCAUGGAGCUUCACUUUGUGUUGAUGUUGAACUUGGGAAGUUUGCCUGUGAUCAUUUGUUUGAAAUUGAACCUGAAAAUACUGGCAAUUAUGCCAUCAUGGCAAAUUUAUAUUCUCAAGCAGGGAAAUGGAAAGAGGCUGAUGAGGUCAGAGAAAGAAUGAUUCAAUGUGGUUUGAAGAAGAUCCCAGGCAGUAGUUGGAUAGAGACUAGUAAUGGGUUAUAAAGCUUUAUUGCAAAGGAUACCUCUAAUGAAAAUGCUUUGGAGAUAUAUGCAAUGUUGGGAGGAUUUUCUGGAUUGAUGAAGGAAGAGGGGAAUGUCUUGGAGGAUGAUCUCGAGAAGGUGGCUGUUUAUGGUUGAACACUGAACUCACUGAAUUGAACAGAAUAAGUGUAAAUUAGGAAUGAGCAUGAGCACGUCAAUGCAGAUAUGUUUUUAAUAAAUCCUCUGUGAUUCACAUCCCUUGCUCGGUUGCUCUCACAUCACAAGGGGAUCCCUAACGAGUCGCAUUGCAAUAUCCAGAAGCAUCAUAUUUAUUAUUGUUGGAAUAUUUAGAAUUGGGGAGUAAUUUUUGUGGAAA